AUUAUAAAAAUAUUUAAUUUAAUUGUUAAGUUAAAUUACGUCAUUUGGCAAGUGCCUAAAGCGACAAUUUUAAUCAGUAAUAAGCUUACGUUAUUCUAUAAUUAGAAAUACUCUUGAACCUGGUAUUGGCUUGUUAGUUUAUUUCAUUAUUUUUCUAUUAAAUGAAAAUGAAUAAUAGUUGUUGAUCUGUUUGAUAAAUACGAUAUGAACGAAUACGAAGUUGAAAAAGAAAUAUCAAAAUUAUUAAGUGAAGGAAAAUGGAAAGAUAUUAUAAAUUUUGUUAAUAGUGAUAUAAAUUUUGAAGCAAGAAGAUUACUAUGGGUUUGGCCAACUUUUAAUGAUUUAAAUUGGAUUAAAAUUAUAAUUAAUGAAUUAAAAUUAAAAGGUAUUGUCAGUAUUGGUUGUGGUACUGGUCUUUUAGAAUGGAUUAUACAACAACAUUCAGGAUGUGAUGUUAUUGGAGUUGAAGCUGAUAAACUCUGGUGGCAUAGUAAAUAUUCACCACCAAUUUAUUUAAAUAAUAUAAUAUUCAUUGAACGUAAUAAUAAUGAUUUAAUUGUACCAAAUGAUUUUGCAAUUUUAUUUUGUUAUUUUAACAAUGGUCAAGCAUUUGAUGAUUAUAUUAAAAAUUAUAUUGGUAAAUUUGUAUUUAUAAUUGGUCCAGAUGAUGGACAUAAUCGUUGUACUGAUCCACUACCAUUUGAUAGAAAAUUAAUUGAUUUAGGAUGGAAACUUUGUAAUGCAAGGUUACUGGAUAAUAAAAAAGAUUUUAUAACAGUUUAUUCAAGAAGAGCUUUGUAAUUAGAAAAAAUAAAAUAAACAACGAUAUGAAUAAUUAUUAUCAAAUGAAAAAUUAUA